AUGAUUUUUCCAACUUCCACUAAUGAAGAUAUGUCAAGGACUUCUGUUUCAAAAUUAUUCGCUGAUGCUUGCAGUUUAGCUCGAGUGGGUCAAUAUGAAAAAGCCAAAACGGCAUUUCUGCAUAUUGAAGCACAUUCUGACGAGUACGGCAGAGCUCAAUACUUACUUGGAUGUGCUUGUAACAAACUGGAUGAAUAUGAUGAAUAUAAAGAAGCCAUCAGUGCUUUUGAUAAAGCUAUCAACUUCUUCAUAAAAAUUGGCCAAAAACUUCCCAUCGAUCUAUAUUAUCAAAAAGGUUUCGCACAAUGGAAAAUUGGUGCCAAUAAAGGUGCGAUUAAAAGCUUUUCGACAUUUAUUCGGAAAAAAGGAAUCGAAGAUACUCAUCAUGGAUAUUUAAGUCGAGCUCUGGUUUACUGCACUAUGGGUCAUUAUAAAGAAGCAUUAAUCGAUUUAAAUAAAGUAAACGAACGUCAAGAAAAUCAAACUACAUACUCAUUAUGCUGUCGAGGACGAGUAUCGGCCCAUCUUGGAGAGUAUGAGAAAGCGAAAGAAGAUUUUCAAAGAGCUUCAAGUAUUAAUGCUCAUGAUUUCCAAAGUCAUCUUCAAUUGGGUAUUGUUUAUAGUGAACUUGGACAGUAUCCUGAAGCGCUUAAAGAGUUUCAUUAUGCAUUAGAGUCUCAAUCACAAAAUCAGCAUGAUCGUGCUGAAAUAUUCUUUCGUGAAGCACUUGUUUAUCAAUCUCUUGGAGACUCUAAUCAAGCCACAAAUAAACUUCAUGAUGCUCUUAUCCUAAAUCCAAAGCAUGCUCGAGCUUAUUUUCGUCUUGGACGCAUAUAUCUCACCGAGAAUAAAUAUUUAGACGCAUUGGAAACUUUCAAUACAGCUCAUAAACUUGCUCCACAUGACAAAGACAUCAUAUAUGAACUAGGAUCGUUACAUGAGCGAGUUGACCGUUUCAAUAAUGCUCUCUUUGAACGACGGCGAGCUUUUGGAUUGCAGAAAUCAGAGCCAUCUCUUUUAGAAGAGACGGUUUCUAUGUCAGAAAAUACUUCAACACGACCUCCGUCUCCAACUGUCGACAAAGCAAAGACCAUGAAUCGUUAUCUUUUGUUAGCUCUCAGAGAAGAAGAAUUACUAUCGGUGGCAGAGAACUUUUCCGUUUCGUAUUAUAAAACAAUAGAAGCAUAUCAGUUGGCUAUCGAUCAAGGUAAUUGUCCAGAAGCACGAACACUGAUGGCUUUGUGUCAAGAAUCACAGAAGAACUUUGUUGAUGCUUUCUAUUCCAUGAACAAAUUUUACAGCGAAUUUCUAACAGACCCAAAUGUUAAACAAUCAUGGCGUAACUUUUUGGAACAGUUGAAAAACGAACGACAUUCGAUUCAUACAAGUCCAUUGGUUAUCCAUCGAUAUACAGUUAUGGAACGUAUAGAAAAAAAUCUAACCGAUAUUGAAAACGAUCAUACGCUGUUUGAAAUGGAUCACUCUGGCAAUCUUCGAAUCUUUUAUGAUACUCUUCGACGACGACUUGGUCAAAGUUUAGUUGCAUUUUCGAUGACUGGAGGUGAUGUAUCAAUUGUAGCACACAAUCUCAAGGGUUCACUCAGCAUUGUGGCAGGGAUACUCAAAUAUCUGGGCAAAGGUCUGAAAUAUGUGCCUGUUGCUGGUGAAUAUUUAGAUACAGCGCUGGACGUCGGUUCGGACUUUCUUUAUGGAAAAGACUACGACAUAAUUCAAAAUAAAUUAUCGAUUUUUAAUACUAUGGGUGAUCAUACGGAAUUUUCUUCAGCAGCUCGGAAAAUAGCCUUUGAAAUAACUGACCGAUACAGGAAGCAACUUGUUCGUCUUGCUACAGAGCCUACUAAUCCAUCUAAUGGAUCAAAAAUAAUUCAUUCUAUGAAAGAACAAUUAUAUGACGAGCAAGAUAGUAAUUUACCAGCGGAACGUGUAGCGAACUUUGCUGUCAAGCUUCGCAUUAAAGCCUAA